AUGAAGUCUGUCUGUGUUCCGCAAUCUUGUGGCCUUUGUCGAUGCCAGAUCGCCCUAGGCGACACAAUCGUCGCCGUGCGGAGAGACGGCGCUGAGCGAUCUCAGCCGUACUCAUACAGUGUAGUAGGCUUCCUCGACAGCUCUCAAGAAAUUGAGUAUGUUCAGUGUCGCGGGAGAUGCCAGCACGACGAGAAGAGGAUUGGCUGUCACCUUGACUGCUACAGUUCCAUAUCCAUUGAGACCUUUUCGCAGACCUACGAAGUGACUGCACCCGACUUCGAAUCAUCACAAUUAGCGAACUGCCAGCGUUCCCGCUGGUUACGGUCCUGGCUCGCCUCGAUAAUCAGAAGGGCGACGCACUCCCGCCUUCCUUUGGAAGUCUGCAGCGACAUCGCAGUUCGGGCUCUUGAUCAACAGACCAGCCGUCGAAUGGCUGUUUGGUAUGCCGAGAGAAAGUGCGGUGAGUUCGCGAGAAACGUAUCACAAGUCGCCCUUUCAAAGAAAAUAUAUGUUCGAUACGCAUACUUCGAGGGCACCCGAUACAUUGCGCGAUUGACAAAUGCAGCCACCAACAAUAGAGAUAUACUGGUGUUUGAUCCACUGUCGCAGACACCAGCUGCAAUGUUGUACGUUUCUAGUGAUCACCUUGGCAUUCGACAGUUGUUAUUUGUCAAUUCGUCAAGCAAACCUGCGAUCAUCCAAGAGCCGGAUGUCUGGUGGAAAACAAUAUGCCUUGGCAGUCUGGGCAGGUUCAUUCGAACCCGAGGCGAUGGCUCGAAAAUGCGUGUACUUGCAGGCGAGAGCUUGCAAUUACCACAAGUUGCCUGGGGCUUACCUCAAGCAGUGUAUAAACACCUUCGCCUAGAACCCCUUUGCAACGCCGAAUCAACCUAUCGCAUGUCGGUAGUGCCAUGCAACCAUCCUCCUACCACGGCCUAUUCGCUUUGCUGGAACCAAAGUAUUUUGACACUGCACGCACACACUACCGGCGAAAAUUUCGACUUCUAUCAUGAGCUGAGAACCAUGGACGAAUCUGCUCUAUGGUUCUAUAUGCCACUUCGCGUGGAUGAAGUGGUGACAGAAAUCUGGAAGUGUGAUGGUUCUCUUCGCAGCGCAAUCGCUUUGUUGGUA